CCCAGCAGAAAGGCCCUUUUCUUAACACAGCAAAGGGAGACGUGCCCUCCACCUUCUCAAGCUUCGGGGUGUACACCGCGUUAUCGAUAUUCGAUUAAGUCAAUGGACGUCCCGGGCAUGUUCGGCCUAAGCCGAAUUCCGGCUGUCCCUUUGGUACGAUUCGUCUCCCCGCGACCAGGGGACCAGCUGAACAAGUACGUUAACCCAGUCGUAAGGGAGACGAUUAUGAAGGCGACAAGGAGGAGAUCCGACAAGGAAUGGUCUCCUACCGGCCUCGAGAAUCCUAGCCCACGCUCCCCCGUGCCAUGGACCGUCCUUGCAGAGCGACGGCGGAGGCGCACAGAGACGGUCGCGCGCUGUCACAGGCAUCAAACCUAUUUCUCUUUUUGAACAAUACUGAACUUAUCACGCCCGUUUCAUCAAAUGGCUCAGCAACCAGUACUACACAACGAGCGGGGCAAGCAUCAGAACUCCGCCCGUGGCUAGGUAAAGCUUUGCCCCAUUUUCUGGGUACUUAUUUGCGAUUUCAUGUCACUCAGCCACCAGUACUUUCAGCUUGCUUCAACU